AUGUCAAACUUUACUUAUGACUACAUCAUCAAGUCGUGUCUACUUCUACAAUUUACGGAUAAGCGUUUUCAGCCAGCACAUGAUCUGACGAUUGGUGUGGAGUUUGGUGCACGAUUUGUCAAUGUUGAAGGAAAGCAGAUCAAACUUCAAAUUUGGGACACGGCGGGUCAGGAAUCUUUCAGAAGUAUAACGAGGAGCUAUUACCGUGGCGCUGCUGGCGCAUUGCUAGAAGAUGCACGCCAACACUCAAACUCUAACACAACAAUAAUGUUAAUCGGUAAUAAAAGUGAUCUCGAGUCAAAACGCGCUGUAUCACACGAAGAGGGCGAAGCAUUUGCCAAACAGCAUGGAUUAUUUUUCAUGGAAACUUCAGCGAAAACUGCAGCAAAUGUCGAAGAAGCAUUUGUUGCUACUGCAAGGGAUAUUUAUGAUAAGAUUAAGCAGGGUAUCUUUGAUGUAUCUAAUGAGGCCAAUGGUAUCAAAGUAGGAACACAUUUACAACCUGGUGGAAACAUUAUACCUAAUAACGCUAAUGGGAACGGUGGAUCUUGUUGCUGA